AUGAGAAUCCUCUCAGCAUUACUCACUCUCGCCCUUGUGGCAGAUGCUGCUGUAGCAAGCAGCAGCUGGCUCACAAAGGCCGCUUACAACAAGUGGCAGAAGACGGAGCUUGAGCAAUGGCUCUCUGACCACGAUAUCCCGUACCCAACCCCCGCUGACCGAAAGGACCUCCAGGAUCUGGUGCAGGAGCAUUGGGCCGACUAUGUUGUGCAGCCGUUCCAUCACUGGGACAGCGAUCAGCUGUCCUCCUACCUUGAACUCAAGGGCCAGGAGGCCAAGGAGACUGCGAAGGACGCAACAAAAGAGGGCAAGGAAGGGCUUCUUUCCCGUGUCCAGGAGGCUUGGCACGGGACUGAGGACCAGGUUCAGUCUGCUUAUCUCAACGUGAAGGAUUGGAUUCUGGGUACCUGGACCGACAGCCAGCUCAAGGCAUUCUGCGAUCACCAUGGAAUUCCAGUUCCUCAGCCUCGUACACAUGACGUCAUUCUACAAAAGGCUCGGAACGGCUACGAGUCUGUUUCCAAGAAGAAGCACCAGUCGCUCGGGUAUCCCGGCAACUGGCUCUACGACACAUGGAGUGACUCGGAUUUGAAGCAGUGGCUGGAUGAACAUGGAUUCCCUGCCCCCCAGCCAUCUAACCGAGACAAGCUGAUCGCCACUGUUCGGCGCAACUCAUAUCUUGCGUACAUCCAGGCCGGGGAAAAGACCGACCGCCUGAAGAAAUCGGCACACGGAGUGUUUGAGAGCCUUGCAGACAGUGUUUUGGACACCUGGAGCGAGUCUGAGUUGAAGAAAUUCUGCGAUAAGAACGGGAUCAACGUUCCUCAAGGAAGCAAGGUUGAUGAAAUACGUGCUUUGGUUCGCAAACGCCGUGCCGAGGUCGUUGGCGACACUGCGGCUGACCAUGCCUGGGGGCUCUUUGGUGCAGCCACGACCAGGGCUGGUAAUGAGUAUGCCAAGGCGACAGAUACGGUCUCUGAGGCCGUUCGUGCCGCUUUUGAUGCUGCCGCGGACACCUGGUCGGAAAGCCGGCUUCAGGGUUUCCUGGACGCCCGUGGUGUGCCAGUUCCCCACAAGUCGACCAAGGAUGAGCUGCGAGCCCUCGUGCGCAAGAAUGCUCACCGCGUCGCCACGGGAGGGACCACCUGGACGUUUGACGACCUCUCCUACGAACAGCUCCGGGACUACCUGCUGGCAUCGGGCGAUAAGGCCGCCAAAAAGGCUGCCGACAAGAGUGGUGCCGCCCGUGAUGACCUGGUCAAAGCUGCCCAGUCCGCAUAUGAUUCGGCCUCCAAGGCUGGCUCUGAGCAGUACGCGGCAGCGACCUCGUACCUGGCUGCCGCGACCCAAGCGGCGAAGGGCAAUAUCUUCGACACGUGGAGCGAGAGCGAGCUCAAGGCGUAUCUCGACACUUAUGGAAUUCCCGUUCCACAAGGAAGCACUGUGAACGAACUUCGUGCGUAUGCCCGCAAGCAGGCCACAUACUUCAGAUACGGAACCCAAUCGCCUACUGGGACCCUGUACGCAAAAGCGAAUGAGGGUAUUUCGAGCGCCUCCAGCGGCUUCUGGGGCUCUGUCGACUGGCUUAAGAGCCAGCUGCUUAUUGGUACAGAGGCUGCUCGCAAGCAGGCUGAAGCCCUGCGGAAGAAGUUCAACGACGAGCUUUAG